AUGUGUCGGUGUAAAUUAUAAUGUGUGUGUGUAGUGUCGUGUGUGUAGUAUAAUGUGUGUAGUGUUAGGUUCUGACAAAUUGAGUAAAAACUCAAACGGACAACUAGGAAAAGCUCAACCCAAGUUUAUUCACCCACCGUGUCAAACAGCUGAAGAGACAAAGACAUGUUUACACAAGUGCACCUGGACAGCCAAUACAUCUCUGUUGCUAGGCAGGACUUUAGUGGUGCCUGUUCUUUCUCACUUCAUCUGACCUCGGCCCAAAUUCCCCCCCUCCUCCCCAACUCACGGCUGUCCUUCCUUAUCUGUUGACUGGAACCAGACUGUGGUCCUUCUCCUCUCCAUAGGAUCCCUGAGAUGUUCUGACAGAAUGUCAACUUCCUGUCCUAAUAUGAUAACAUGAAUAAGGAUAUUUCAAGUUUAGAAGUCAUUCCCCAACAGUCCCCCACUCCAUACUGUUCAACAUUAUAUAAACUUGGAAAUUACUUAUAAAUGAACAAAAAAUAACAUUCACAGUUUAUUAUUAUGUUUACACCUCCGAGACGUAUGGCCUCUGAUCUGUACACACUGGUUUCCAUCUCGUCAGACAACUGAGAAUGACAUUUCAGCUGGCGCUGUUGACAUCCUCCAUUUCAGCUGGCGCUGUUGACUUCCUCCAUUUCAGCUGGCGCUGUUGACUUCCUCCAUUUCAGCUGGCGCUGUUGACUUCCUCCAUUUCAGCUGGAGCUGUUGACUUCCUCCAUUUCAGCUGGAGCUGUUGACUUCCUCCAUUUCAGUUGGAGCUGUUGACUUCCUCCAUUUCAGUUGGAGCUGUUGACUUCCUCCAUUUCAGUUGGAGCUGUUGACUUCCUCCAUUUCAGUUGGAGCUGUUGACUUCCUCCAUUUCAGCUGGCGCUGUUGACUUCCUCCAUUUCCUCCUUCAGGUUCCUAAGAGGGUGAUAGCACAAGACUUGAAAAGCAAAAGAAACACAAAACAUAACAGUAUUAAUAAUGUGUUAAGCUAUGCAUAAUUAUACAGUACCAGUCAAAAGUUUGGACACACCUACUCAUUCCAGGGUUUUUCUUUAUUUUUACUAUUUUCUACAUUGUAGAAUAAUGUGUGUGUGUAGUGUAGUGUUGUGUGUGUGUGUAGUGUAUAACAUAUGUGGUUUGUUGUGUGUUCUUCCCCCAGACAAGGCACAAUACUACCCUCUGUGUGAGGUGGCAUGGUGGUCAGAGUGUGUGUUGAUCCUGGCCCGGUGUUCUGGUUCUCUGACUGUGUCGUCUGUUAAAACCCUACACAACCUCCUGGGCAAGAGCUGUGAGUGGUUCCAACCAUCGCCGCGGGUUACCGCCGCCCAGGAUGGGGGCUUCCUUACUCUGGAGGUAAGGAGUGGGGGAGAAGGGAGGAGGGAGGGAGGGAGGGAGGGAGGACUGGCUGGAGAGGGGUUGGCUGGAGGGAGGGAGGGAGGGAGGACUGGCUGGAGAGGGGUUGGCUGGAGGGAGGGAGGGAGGGAGGGAGGGAGGGAGGGAGGACUGGCUGGCUGGGGGGAUGGCGUGAGGUAGGGAGGACUGGAAGGAGGGAGGGAGGGCUGGAAGGAGGGAGGGCGGGCGGGUGGGCGGGAGGGAGGGAGGGUAGAUGGAUGGGCGGACGGGCGGGUGAGUUGGCUGUCUGGAGGGAUAUCGGGCUGGAGGGGGGAGGAUAGUUGGAGGGAGGGAGGGGAGAGAGGUGGGAGGGAGGGGAGAGAGGGGAGAAUGGUGAGAGAAAAAUAAAGGGAUGAUGGUUUUUAUCUUCUGUCGACUAGAGAAAGUCCGAAAAAAUUAAAGUGAAAUGGGUUGUUUUACAUGGUCAGUCAUAGUGUGGCACCCCUGGAGCAAAUAUGGGGUUAGUGCAUUGCUCAGCAACCCACAAACCUAGAGGGAGGAGUGUGUGUGUGUGUGUGUGUAGUGAUGCAUGGGUUGACUCAUAACCCACAGUCCCUGCGGUUAUGUCCGUGGAACAGAUGGGUUUAGGGUCAUGAAAUAUUGUGGGGCUGGUGGGUGCCGGGCGGGUUCAAUAAAGAGAAAACAAAGCAUUAAAAAAAUCCAUAAAUGUAUCUUUCUGGUGCAAUUCAUAUCUAUAGGCUACAUUGAGGUUUUUCUUUCAUUAUAUUUACAGUGCCUUGCAAAAGAAUUCAUCCCCCUUGGCAUUUUUCCUAUUUUGUUGCAUUACAACCUGUCAUUUAAAUGGAUUUUUAUUUGGAUUUCAUGUAAUGGACAUACACAAAAUAGUCCAAAUUGAUGAAGUGAAAUGAUUUUUUUUCUUCAGCUAAACAUUAGGCUACUGUGUUAAGAUAUCACGGCAUCUGGCAGUCUAACUGAGGAGGAAUGGCCGUUCAUUCAAGCACCACCACACUCAAAAAACAAGUCGGGGCGUGGAUCUCGUCAUUUCCAGUUAAACAUUAACCUGCUCUGUCGCAGUCUACCAUUGAAAACCAUUUGAAGACUCCAUGUGUAAAUGUCAUGCUUUUUGUAUUCAAGCAAUAUGAUUGGCCGUUCAUUCAAGCACCACCACACUCCCGCCAGUCACGAGCAGUUGAGUUGAUGCCUUCACGAAGCACACGCGACCUGUCCAGAGCAAACAAGAUCUAUGUACUAGCUGGGCUUAUAUAUUUUAGGGAAAGUGAUUUUCAAUAGUGAACAUACUGGCAAUGUGCUGGCUACUGUUGCUAGUCUGCUAAAAGAAAGCAACAAAAAGAAACAUGGCGUUGGUCUUUGCUAGCCUACUGUAGCCAUGACGAUAUCUCUUUUUGCACAUUUGUCUUAAAGGGGCAGCGUCCUAUUUUCAAAUUUUCUCAAAAUGACUUUUGAUACAAAAAUGAAUGCAAUUAAUACAAUGCAAUUCUAAAAAAGAAUGACUUGCCAUGCUAAAUUAUAUUAUACAGCGUUUAAUAAAUAACAUAAUAACUCAUGUAGCUUUUUAAUAUCUGAAUAUAGAGAGAAAGCAUGCCAACCCAUAGGCCCUGCAUGACCCCAAUGCAUUUAAGAAUUACACCAUGUCCGUGCCAGGAGAAAUUCUGUUCGUGCCAGUAGAUUUUUGGCCAGGCCAGUGAAGGAAAGGUUAGCUUUGGACCCUGGCGUGUUUCAUAUGGUGGCGCCCAGGCUAUGUUAAUGGGGGUUUGAUAUAUGGUGGCGCCCAGGCUAUGUUACUGGGGGUUUGAUUGACGAACAGCAAGCUUGAUAGUUCAUAAACUGUUGAACUGACUGAAUAAAGUCUAUCAUAUAUAUAUAUAUAUAUAUAUAUAUAUAUAUAUAUAUAUAUAUAUAUAUAUAUAUAUAUAUAUAUACACAUAUACACACAUACACACAUACACACAUACAUACAUACAUACAUACAUACAUACAGUGGGGAGAACAAGUAUUUGAUUCACUGCCGAUUUUGCAGGUUUUCCUACUUACAAAGCAUAUAGUAAUAUGUAAUUUUUAUCAUAGGUACACUUCAACUGUGAGAGACGGAAUCUAAAACAAAAAUCCAGAAAAUCACAUUGUAUGAUUUUUAAGUAAUUAAUUUGCAUUUUAUUGCAUGACAUAAGUAUUUGAUCACCUACGAACCAGUAAGAAUUCCGGCUCUCACAGACCUGUUAGUUUUUCUUUAAGAAGCCCUCCUGUUCUCCACUCAUUACCUGUAUUAACUGCACCUGUUUGAACUCGUUACCUGUAUAAAAUACACCUGUACACACACUCAAUCAAACAGACUCCAACCUCUCCACAAUGGCCAAGACCAGAGAGCUGUGUAAGGACAAUAGGGAUAAAAUUGUAGACCUGCACAAGGCUGGGAUGGGCUACAGGACAAUAGGCAAGCAGCUUGGUGAGAAGGCAACAACUGUUGGUGCAAUUAUUAGAAAAUGGAAGAAGUUCAAGAUGACGGUCAAUUACCCUCGGUCUGGGGCUCCAUGCAAGAUCUCACCUCGUGGGGCAUCAAUGAUCAUGAGGAAGGUGAGGGAUCAGCCCAGAACUACACGGCAGGACCUGGUCAAUGACCUGAAGAGAGCUGGGACCACAGUCUCAAAGAAAACCAUUAGUAACACACUACGCCGUCAUGGAUUAAAAUCCUGCAGCGCACGCAAGGUCCCCCUGCUCAAGCCAGCGCAUGUCCAGGCCCGUCUGAAGUUUGCCAAUGACCAUCUGGAUGAUCCAGAGGAGGAAUGGGAGAAGGUCAUGUGGUCUGAUGAGACAAAAAUAUAGCUUUUUGGUCUAAACUCCACUCGCUGUGUUUGGAGGAAGAAGGAUGAAUACAACCCCAAGAACACCAUCCCAACCAUGAAGCAUGGAGGUGGAAACAUAAUUCUUUGGGGAUGCUUUUCUAUAAAGGGGACAGGACGACUGCACCGUAUUGAGGGGAGGAUGGAUGGGGCCAUGUAUUGCGAGAUCUUGGCCAACAACCUCCUUCCCUCAGUAAGAGCAUUGAAGAUGGGUCGUGGCUGGGUCUUCCAGCAUGACAACGACCCGAAACACACAGCCAGGGCAACUAAGGAGUGGCUCCGUAAGAAGCAUCUCAAGGUCCUGGAGUGGCCUAGCCAGUCUCCAGACCUGAACCCAAUAGAAAAUCUUUGGAGGGAGCUGAAAGUCCGUAUUGCCCAGCGACAGCCCCGAAACCUGAAGGAUCUGGAGAAGGUCUGUAUGGAGGAGUGGGCCAAAAUCCCUGCUGCAGUGUGUGUAAACCUGGUCAAGACCUACAGGAAACUUAUGAUCUCUGUAAUUGCAAACAAAGGUUUCUGUACCAAAUAUUAAGUUCUGCUUUUCUGAUGUAGCAAAUACUUAUGUCAUGCAAUAAAAUGCAAAUUAAUGACUUAAAAAUCAUACAAUGUGAUUUUCUGGAUUUUUGUUUUAGAUUCCGUCUCUCACAGUUGAAGUGUACCUAUGAUAAAAAUGACAGACCUCUACAUGCUUUGUAAGUAGGAAAACCUGCAAAAUCGGCAGUGUAUCAAAUACUUGUUCUCCCCACUGUAUACAUAAUAUGACAUUUGACAUUUAUUCUUUUGGAACCUUUGUAAGUGUAAUGUUGAAAGAGAGAGAGAGAGCCCUAUAGACCUGCUGUUGAUAGUCAUUAAUCACUAGAGUGUCAGGGUGGGCACACCAGGGGCUUUAGAAGAGGGUGUAGGGUGUCAGGGUGGGCACGCCAGGGGCUUUAGAAGAGGGUGUAGGAGAGUCAGGGUGGGCACGCCAGGGGCUUUAGAAGAGGGUGUAGGAGUGUCAGGGUGGGCACGCCAGGGGCUUUUGAAGAGGGUGUAGGAGAGUCAGGGUGGGCACGCCAGGGGCUUUAGAAGAGGGUGUAGGAGAGUCAGGGUGGGCACGCCAGGGGCUUUUGAAGAGGGUGUAGGAGUGUCAGGGUGGGCACGCCAGGGGCUUUUGAAGAGGGUGUAGGAGUGUCAGGGUGGGCACGCCAGGGGCUUUAGAAGAGGGUGUAGGGUGAAGUUGGCCCUAGACGCUGAUCUGGGAUCAGUGUAGCGUUUUCCAGAGUAAUGGUUAAGGUUAGGAUUGGAGGAGGGGAAGCUGAUCCUGGCUCUGUAUCUAUAUCCUUGCUAUUCAUCAAUCAUACAAUGUAGUUAUAUGUCCAUGGUAUCGCGUCAGGACAAAGUAUACUAAAGAUCUUGUUUGUAUUUUCCUUAUGAUGCCCAUCAGGCAGUGAUGUUAUUUCAGUAGCACCGUAUCGCAUCGGUAAGAGAGCUGUUCAUUUAGUUUCCUCAUUUGCAUAAUUGUAGGUUUUUCCAAUGACGAUGGUGAAUUAUCCUCAACAAUAGAUAGGCCUCACUCUGGUUCAAAAUAUGAUAAAUGAAAACGGGAUUGAAUUGUUAUAAAAGCUAAUGAUACUUAUACUUGUAUUUUCAAAGAUAUUGAUAUAGGUCUACUGAUUUUAAUCAGUGUUGACGAUGGAGUAGUCAACUGCUGCUUUCUGUGUAGCAAAGGCCCCCGUGUUUACCACCUGCUUCAUUCUUCAAUCAUACCUGUGUUACAGAAAAUGCCUCUUAAAAGGAAACUUGAGGCCUGUGGAAGUCCGCAGACCCUUACAGGAUUCUUUAAAAUCCCAGUGCAGUCAAUUUAGUUUUUCCUGUGUUUUGAUAUCAUAUUGUAAAACAGCUGAUGAAACUAACACUGUAAAAGUGUGGGGGGAAAAAAAUGUGAUCAGUGUUCUUUCCUGAUAGUUGCUGGUUGAAAAUACAAUCUAGCAUUAGAAUGUACCAGGGGCCACCCCCCAAAAAAUGACCCCCCCCCCCCCCGGCCCAGGGAGCCUGGCUGGCUACAUUUUCUACUUGACUGGCUACUAUUUGACUGGCUACUAUUUGACUGGCUACUAUUUGACUGGCUACUAUUUGACUGGCUACUAUUUGACUGGCUACUAUUUGACUGGCUACUAUUUGACUGGCUACUAUUUGACUGGCUACUAUUUGACUGGCUACUAUUUGACUGGCUACUAUUUGACUGGCUACUAUUUGACUGGCUACUCCAUGUGCUAGCGGAAAACACUCUAGCAACCAAACGGCUCUGAAAGGUAAAACGCAUAAAGCCCAGAACAGGCCCAGGGCCCGGUUCCCCCAUUGCGAUGGAACUUAGCGUUACGAGUGUCUUUUUUUGUUUUUUUUUAACGAUGCGUCUUUCCUACAACGGCCUAAGAUGUAACGUGCGUUUCCCAAAAACACCACGCAGAGAGAACGGUCGCUAAUUGUGUCGUUAGAACAUUGUGUCGAUACUGAUAGGAUUGAAAGAAAGGGAGUUCUCAGAUCAGCUUUUUCCAUUCAGAUCUUUCCUUAACUUUUGGCACAUCAUUGCGCACGUUAGGCUACACAUCAUUAAAUAUAUUGAGACAAAGAAAAUAACUCAGUUGAUUGAACAUUAAAAUCCAGAAAAACGCAUGUCAAAAAUGUUAUAAAUUGAUUUGCAUUUUAAUGAGGGAAAUAAGUAUUUGACCCUUCUGCAAAACAUGACUUAGUACUUGGUGACAAAUCCCUUGUUGGCAAUCACAGAGGUCAGACGUUUCUUGUAGUUGGCCACCAGGUUUGCACACAUCUCAGGAGGGAUUUUGUCCCACUCCUCUUUGCAGAUCUUCUCCAAGUCAUUAAGGUUUCGAGGCUGACGUUUGGCAACUCGAACCUUCAGCUCCCUCCACAGAUUUUCUAUGGGAUUAAGGUCUGGAGACUGGCUAGGCCACUCCAGGACCUUAAUGUGCUUCUUCUUGAGCCACUCCUUUGUUGCCUUGGCCGUGUGUUUUGGGUCAUUGUCAAGCUGGAAUACCCAUCCACGACCCAUUUUCAAUGCCCUGGCUGAGGGAAGGAGGUUCUCACCCAAGAUUUGACUGUACAUGGCCCCGUCCAUCGUCCCUUUGAUGCGGUGAAGUUGUCCUGUCCCCUUAGCAGAAACCCCCCCCAAAGCAUAAUGUUUCCACCUCCAUGUUUGACGGUGGGGAUGGUGUUCUUGGGGUCAUAGGCAGCAUUCCUCCUCCUCCAAACACGGUGAGUUGAGUUGAUGCCAAAGAGCUCGAUUUUGGUCUCAACUGACCACAACACUUUCACCCAGUUCUCCUCUCAACUUCAGACGGGCCUGUAUAUGUGCUUUCUUGAGCAGGGGGACCUUGCGGGCGCUGCAGGAUUUCAGUCCUUCACAGCGUAGUGUGUUACCAAUUGUUUUCUUGGUGACUACGGUCCCAGCUGCCUUGAGAUCAUUGACAAGAUCCUCCCAUGUAGUUAUGGGAUGAUUCCUCACCGUUCUCAUGAUCAUUGCAACUCCACGAGGUGAGAUCUUGCAUGGAGCCCCAGGCCGAGGGAGAUUGACAGUUAUUUUGUGUUUCUUCCAUUUGCGAAUAAUCGCACCAGCUGUUGUCACCUUCUCACCAAGCUGCUUGGCGAUGGUCUUGUAGCCCAUUCCAGCCUUGUGUAGGUCUACAAUCUUGUCCCUGACAUCCUUGGAGAGCUCUUUGGUCUUGGCCAUGGUGGAGAGUUUGGAAUCUGAUUGAUUGAUUGCUUCUGUGGACAGGUGUCUUUUAUACAGGUACCAAGCUGAUAUUAGGAGCACUCCCUUUAAGAGUGUGCUCCUAAUCUCAGCUCGUUACCUGUAUAAAAGACACCUGGGAGCCAGAAAUCUUUCUGAUUGAGAGGGGGUCAAAUACUUAUUUCCCUCAUUAAAAUGCAAAUCAAUUUAUAACAUUUUUGACAUGCGUUUUUCUGGAUUUUUUUGUUGUUGUCUCUCACUGUUCAAAUAAACCUACCAUUAAAAUUAUAGACUGACCAUUUCUUUGUCAGUGGGCAAACGUACAAAAUCAGCAGGGGAUCAAAUACUUUUUUCCCUCACUGUAUUUGUAGUCAACUUUGUUCUGAAGUUAUCGGUGGUAACAGAGAGCCCAAUAAACCAUGUGAUUCUAUGUUUAGGGGAGAUCUUCUGUGUAUAAAGGGAUGCAGGAGGGCAAAAAAGCAUCUAACAACACUUAGUCCGAGGCAGGCGUUAUAUUACGAGCGUUUUCAAGUGCAGCUUUAACUGGGCUAGUGAGGAGGACAUGGCUGAGGCAGAGACAGCAGCAUCAAUAAGAAAGGCUGAACCAGUGCUGACUAGAGAGAGGAGGGAGAGAGAGGAUUCAGCCUACCACACAUGUUAUGCUACGGGUUUCCGGUUCACACAAAUUACAUAUAGCCAAUUAUUUCUCUCUCCUCUCUCCCCUUCUCCUCUCUCUCCCCCUCUCCCCCUACCGCCCACUCCCAGUGUGAAGUGCAUCUGGCCCAGAAGAGAGGUCGUCAGGACAGUAACAUGGAGGGUGUGGCUACGGAGGGUGAGGAAGGAGACUCGGACUCUGAUGAAGAGUCGUCAGCCAAGGCCCGUUACUCUGGUUACGUGAAGCAGGGGCUGUACUACGUCACCGAGAUGGAACGCUUCGCUCCGCCACGGAAACGGCCCCGCACCGUCGUCAAGAGUUACCGUCUGGUCAGCCUGCGCUCCACCACGCCUGAAGAGCUGUACCAAAGGAAGGUAAGUCACCAUGACGAUGACCUCACGACACGAGCACCAUUCCCAAAAUACAAAAUGACUGACUGACAUUCCCAAGUAGUCAAAUUAACCAAAGGCACAUGGGAGGAGGAUAGGAGAGAGUGGAGGGGGGAGAGGAGAGAGAAGAGAGGGGAGGAUAGGAGAGUGUGGAGGGGGGAGAGGAGAGAGAAGAGAGGGGAGGAUAGGAGAGUGUGUGAGGGUUAGUGUGUGUGUGUGAGGGUUAGUGUGUGUGAGAGAGAGAUACCCUACAGCUACAAUGUCUCUGUCUGAUGUGGUUCACACAGAGACACACACACACACACACAGAGACACACACACACACACACAGAGACACACACACACACACAGAGACACACACACAGAGAGACACACACACACACACACACACACACAGAGACACCCAGUAAAUAUAUUUUGUAGAUAUGCUUAAAGGUAAUAGCUAUCAUGGUGAUCAGGGCCUAGAAUUAACACCCGCCACCUACUAAAUACGGGUAGAUUUGGGCAUUGGUGGGUAAGAUGUCUAUUACACCAGCCACGUCGGCAGGUGGUCAGGGCUCCACAGCGCGACCAUUUCACUCGCAUUUGUGAAUGAAAAGUCAAGUAUGAUCCAUUUAUAGUAAACUAAAUGCUGCAGUAGCUGUUUUUCUGCCGUUUUGUUUCAUAGCUGGUGAAUUAAUCGCACAAAAUCAAAGAACUACGAAUCCUAUCUAGCCUUUUCCACCUCACGCUGCCUGGCUGGGGGCUGUGAGCACCGGAAGAGCUGAGUGGAAUAUUUGUUUUAAUAAGUGCUGUGCACAGGCAUUAAAGUUGGUCUAAUUUCCUUGAAACGAAUGUCUACUUUAGUGAGACUGUGCCCUUGUGUUUCUUGGCUAUUUACCAAGCUAGGUUGUUUUUCUGUUUGAGUUUCAACUGCCAGGGAAGAGAUGACGACGCUUCUACUAGUCAGACUCAAUCUCACAGGCACAAACAUGACUCCAGUCGCGUUACUACGGUAACAUCCCACCCUUAAAGGGGCAGGUGAACAUUUUGUCUCAUCUGUGAUAUUUUGGUUAAUAGUUUAAACGAUAUACCACAUUAGUUCCGUGUUACUAGUAAUACAUGUAUUGUUUUAGAAACAUUACAAAGCAUGUCCAUCUGUUUUUUUGAGUGGCUGGUAGAUUUUUAGAUGAUGAUGAUGAUGAUGAUGAUGAUGAUGAUGAUGAUGUGAGUGUGUGUCUCUCCAGAUAGACAAUGAGGAGUAUGGAGAGGCCCUGUCCCUGGCCCAGGCAUACGGUCUAGACUCAGACCUGGUCUACCAGAGACAGUGGAGGAAGAGCACUGUCAGCAUCGCAUCUAUACAGGACUACUUGGUACACUGUCUCCUCUCUCUCUCUACCUCAACCACUCUCUCUCUCUCUCUCUCUACAUCAACCCCUCUCUCUCUCUCUCUCUACCUCAACUCCUCUCUUUCUCUCUCCUACCAACCCUCUCUUCUCGCUCCUCUCUCUCUCUCUCGCUCUCUCGCUCUUCUCUCUCCUCUACCUCAACCCUCUCUCUCUCUACCUCAACCCCUCUCUUUCUCUCUCUCUACCUCAACCCCUCUCUCUCUCUCUCUCUCUCUCUCUCUCUCUCUCUCUCUCUCUCUCUCUUCUACUCCUCUCUCUCUCUCCUCUCAUCUCUCUCUCUCUCUCGUCUCGUCCUCUCUCUCCCUCUAUCUCAUCUCUCUCUCUCUCCUGCUCUCUCUUUUCUCUUCGUCUCUCUUCUCUCUCUCUCUCCCUCUCUUUCUCUCUCCUUUGUCUCUCCUCCUCCUCUCUCAUUCUCUCUCUCUUUACCUCUCGUCUCUUUCUCUCUCUCUUUCGCUUCUUUCUCUGGCUGCUUGCCUUCGUCUCUUCUCUCUCUCUCUCUCUCUCUUUCUUUCUCUCUCUCUCUCUCUCUCCCUCUCUCUCUCUCUUUCUCUUUAUCUCUCUUUCUCUCUCAAUGUGUGUGAAUAGUUAUGAUAGUAUUGCUAUUGUGUACAUAUUAGAACAAACUGUGUCUCUCUGCCUGUCUGUGUCUCUCUGCCUGUCUGUGUCUCUCUGCCUGCCUGUCUGUGUCUCUCUGCCUGCCUGUCUGUGUCUCUCUGCCUGCCUGUCUGUGUCUCUCUGCCUGUCUGUGUCUCUCUGCCUGUCUGUCUGUCUCUCUGCCUGCCUGUCUGUGUCUCUCUGCCUGCCUGUCUGUGUCUCUCUGCCUGCCUGUCUGUGUCUCUCUGCCUGCCUGUCUGUGUCUCUCUGCCUGCCUGUCUGUGUCUCUCUGCCUGCCUGUCUGUGUCUCUCUGCCUGCCUGUCUGUGUCUCUCUGCCUGUCUGUGUCUCUCUGCCUGUCUGUGUCUCUCUGCCUGUCUGUGUCUCUCUGCCUGUCUGUGUCUCUCUGCCUGUCUGUGUCUCUCUGCCUGCUUGUCUGUGUCUCUCUGCUGCUGCUGUGUCUCUCUGCAUGCCUGUCUGUGUCUCUCUGCUGCCUGUCUGUGUCUCUCUGCCUGCCUGUCUGUCUGUGUCUCUCUGCCUGCCUGUCUGUCUGUGUCUCUCUGCCUGCCUGUCUGUCUGUGUCUCUCUGCCUGCCUGUCUGUCUGUGUCUCUCUGUCUGUCUGUGUCUCUCUGCCUGACUGUGUCUCUCUGCCUGUCUGUCUGUCUCUCUGCCUGUCUGUCUGCCUGACUGUGUCUCUCUGCCUGUCUGUGUCUCUCUGCCUGUCUGUGUCUGCGCUGACUGUUGUCUCUCUGUCCUGGACGUGUCUCUUGCCUGUCUGUGUUCUCUGCCUGUCGUGUCUCUUGCCUGUCUGUGUCUCUCUGCCUGUCUGUCUGUCUCUCUGCCUGUCUGUCUCUCUGCCUGUCUGUCUGCCUGUCUCUCUGCCUGUCUGUGUCUCUCUGCCUGCCUGUCUGUGUCUCUCUGCCUGCCUGUCUGUGUCUCUCUGCCUGCCUGUCUGUGUCUCUCUGCCUGCCUGUCUGUGUCUCUCUGCCUGCCUGUCUGUUGUCUCUCUGCUGCCUGUCUGGUGUCCUCUCUGCCUUGCCUGUCUGUGUCUCUCUGCCUGCCUGUCUGUGUCUCUCUGCCGUCUGUGUCUCUCUGCCUGUCUGUGUCUCUUGCUGUCUGUGUCUCUCUGCCUGUCUGUGUCUCUCUGCCUGUCUGUGUCUCUCUGCCUGCCUGUCUGUCUGUGUCUCUCUGUCUGUCUGUGUCUCUUCUGCCUGCCUGUCUGUCUGUGUCUCUCUGCCUGCCUGUCUGUCUGUGUCUCUCUGUCUGUCUGUGUCUCUCUGUCUGUCUGUGUCUCUCUGCCUGACUGUGUCUCUCUGCCUGUCUGUGUCUCUCUGCCUGUCUGUGUCUCUCUGCCUGUCUGUCUGUCUCUCUGCCUGUCUGUCUCUCUGCCUGUCUGUCUGCCUGUCUCUCUGCCUGUCUGUGUCUCUCUGCCUGCCUGUCUGUGUCUCUCUGCCUGCCCGCUGUGUCUCUCUGCAUGCCUGUCGGUGGUCUCUCUGCCUGCCUGUCUGUGUCUCUCUGCCUGCCUGUCUGUGUCUCUCUGCCUGCUGUCUGUGUCUUCUGCCUGCCUGUCUGUGUCUCUCUGCUGCCUGUCUGUGUCUCUCUGCUGCUGUGUGUCUCUCUGCCUGUCUGUGUCUCUCUGCCUGUCUGUGUCUCUUGCCUGUCUGUCUGUGUCUCUCUGCUGCUGUCUGUGUUUUUGCCUGCUGUCUGUCUGUGUUCUCUCGCUGUCUGUGUCUCUCUGUCUGUCUGUGUCUCUCGCUGACUGUGUUCUCUCUGCUGUCUGUGUCUCUCUGCCUGUCUGUGUUCUCUAUGCCUGUCUGUCUGUCUCUUGCCUGUCUGUCUCUCUGCCUGUCUGUCUGCCUCUUCUGCCUGUCUGUGUCUCUCUGCCUGCUGUCUGUGUCUCUCUGCCUGCCUGUCUGUGUCUCUUCGCCUGCUGUCUGUGUCUUCUGCCUGCCUGUCUGUGUCUCUCUGCCUGCUGUCUGUUUGGGCUCUCUGCCUGCUGUCUGUGUCUCUCUGCCUGCCUGUCUGUGUUCUCUGCUGCCUGUCUGUGUCUCUCUGCCUGCCUGUCUGUGUCUCUCUGCCUGUCUGUGUCUCUCUGGCCUGUCUGUGUCUCUCUGCCUGCCUGUCUGUGUUUCUUCUGUCUGUCUGUGUUCUCUGCCCGCCUGUCGUCUGUGUUCUCUGCCUGCUGUCUGUCUGUGUUCUCGUCUGUCUGUGUCUCUCUGUCUGUCUGUGUCUCUCUGCCUGACUGUGUCUCUCUGCCUGUCUGUGUCUCUCGCCUGCCCGUGUCUUCGCCUGUCUGUCUGUCUCUCUGCCUGUCUGUCUCUCUGCGUCUGUGCCGGUUCUAUGCCUGUCUGUGUCUCUCUGCCUGCCUGUCUGUGUCUCUCUGCCUGCCUGUCUGUGUCUCUCUGCCUGCCUGUCUGUGUCUCUCUGCCUGCCUGUCUGUGUCUCUCUGCCUGCCUGUCUGUGUCUCUCUGCCUGCCUGUCUGUGUCUCUUGCCUGCCUGUCUGUGUCUCUUGCCUGCUGGGCUGUGUCUCUCUGCCUGCCUGUCUGUGUCUCUCUGCCGUCUGUUGUUCUCUGCUGUCUGUGUCUCUUUGCCGUCUGUCUCUCUGCCUGUCUGUGUCUCUCGCUGCCUGUGUGUCUCUCUGCCUCGCUGUCUGUGGUGUCUCUUGUUGUCUGUGUUUCUGCCUGCUGUCGUCUGUGUCUAUAGCCUGCUGUCUGUCUGUGUCUAUCGUGUCUGUCUGUGUCUCUCGUCUGUCUGGGUCUCUCUGCCGACGUGUCUCUCUGCCGUCUGUCUUGUCUCUCGCCCUGUAGUCUGCCUGACUGUGUCUCUCUGUUGGUCUGUGUCUCUCUGCCUCUUGUGUCGUCUGCCUGUCUGUGUCUAUCGUCUGAUCUCUGCCGUCUGUGUUUCUGCCUGCCUGUCUGGGCUUCUGCAUGUCUGUCCUGUGUUGUGGUCUCUCUGCCUGUCUGUGUUUUCUGCAUGUCGGGGUCUCUCUGCCUGUCGGUGUCUCUGCAGUCGUGUCUCUCUGCCUGUCUGUGGUCCGCUCUCUGUGUGUAUAGAGUAAGAUCCAUAAGCGGUCGUGGGUGCUCCAUGAGUGUGUGGAGCGUGUCCCGGAGAACGUGGACGCUGCCAAAGAGCUGUUGCACUACGGGCUAAAGGGGACGGACCUAGAGGCGCUCAUCGCUAUCGGGAACAGAGAGGACGGGGGCAGGUGAACAUUACAACUAUAUCACUAUAUUAUAUCAGCCCUGAGUCAGCGUACCAAGGUCCUGUGGUGUGUUAGAGUGGGGCUGCAACAAAAGCCCACACACCCAGUAGCUCUGCUGGAGGAUGAGCUAAAACAUUACAACCAAAUACUCCUCAGAAAUAUAGGUGUGUUCAACAUAUGCCCCUCCCCCUCCGUAGGUUCAUCCUGUCAGGUGACCUUGAUGUUGAUGACGCUCCGUACGAAGACUGCCUGUCUGCAGAAAAAGAGAUGGAGUUAAAGAGAGAGAAGGAGAGCCGGAAAAGACGGGAGCUACUGGCCAGGGUCGACUUCAGCAG